UAGUCCAAUUGUCUACCCUCUUUAUGUUAAAGGUUAAAAAAAUCCAAGUCCGUGCUAUUUUUUUAAUUCUAAUUUCUAUUCCAUGUUCACCAACUGCCUUAUUUAUCACGAGUCAAAAACUGAAACUCGUCAUCUCCAAGUUUCAUUUUAUCAGCCUCUCUCUUCUUACUGUUCCUGUAAUAGUAAUUUCAUGGCUAUUCCUAAACUUUUCCUCCUUCUUUUAGCACACUUCUUCUCACAUGCCAUAGCUGUUAAGUCCUCCUCGAAUGCUUUCACAAUCCCGACAUUCCAUGCAAUGCACUCUUCCUUAAAUAGAACAAACUUAUUUCAUGAAGUCAGCUUCGAUUCAUCUAAGCUUUCCAUCUCAAUAAACAUAAAUCCAAACAUCAUCAACACCCUCCUUCAGUCCCUCCAAGCAGCAAUAUCUGAUGCCACAAAACUAUCUGAUCUAUUAAACAAUGCAGGACACUCAAGCAUCAUAGAGAACAAAAUAGGAGCAGUCCAAGACUGUAGAGAACUUCAACAAUCCACCUUAGCUUCUUUAGAACGAUCGCUAUCAGGGAUCCGUUCCCAAGACUCCAGAAAAGUAGUUGAUGCAAGAACCUACCUCAGUGCAGCCCUCACCAACAAACGCACGUGUCUAGAGAGCUUAGAUUCUGCUUCGGGUACCCUUAAGCCAGUUCUGGUGAAUUCUGUGAUCAACUCUUACAAGCAUGUCAGUGACUCUCUUUCAAUGCUCCCUAAGCCUGAGAAGAAGGCUUCCCAAGGACACAAGAACCGGCGUUUGUUGUGGCUGUCAAGGGCAAACCACCGCCUCUUGGAAGGCAAUGAUGGGGUGCUUGUUGUAGCUGCAGAUGGAACGGGGAAGUUUAGCACCAUCACCGAGGCUAUCAACUUUGCUCCAAACAACAGCGUUGGUAGGACAGUAAUCUAUGUCAAAGAAGGGACUUACGAGGAAAAUGUUGAAAUCCCAAGUUAUAAGACCAAUAUUGUUCUGCUUGGCGAUGGAAAGGAUGUCACUUUAAUCACUGGCAGCAGAAGUGUCAUUGAUGGCUGGACCACUUUCAGAUCUGCAACUCUGGCGGUCUCUGGAGAGGGUUUUCUUGCACGUGAUAUUGCUUUUGAGAACAAGGCAGGGCCAGAGAAGCAUCAAGCAGUUGCCUUGAGAGUGAAUGCAGACUUCACUGCUUUCUACAGGUGUGCCAUGUAUGGUUACCAAGACACUCUCUAUGUUCACUCCUUUAGACAGUUCUACAGAGAGUGUGACAUUUUUGGGACCAUAGAUUACAUAUUUGGGAAUGCAGCGGUGGUUUUUCAAGCAUGCAACAUUGUGUCCAGAAUGCCAAUGGCAGGUCAAUUCACUGUCAUUACUGCACAGUCCAGAGACUCCCCUGAUGAGGACACUGGCAUUUCAAUCCAAAACUGCUCCAUUCUAGCUACCACAGACUUGUAUUCGGAUUCUGGUAGUGUGAAAAGCUACCUAGGAAGACCAUGGAGGGUUUAUUCUCGUACCGUGUAUCUUGAGUCCUACAUUGAUGCAUUUAUUGAGGCAGAGGGGUGGACCCAGUGGUCUAAUGAUGAAGGCUUGGACACUUUGUAUUAUGGAGAGUAUGCCAACUAUGGGCCUGGUUCAGGGACAGAUAACAGAGUAGAUUGGGCUGGGUACCAUUUAAUGGAUUACGACAGUGCCUACAACUUCUCAGUUUCGGAAUUUAUCAUUGGUGACGCUUGGCUUGGGUCUACAUCAUUCCCUUAUGACAAUGGGAUUUAAUUUUUAUUCACAGAGGGAAAAUGUGUAAAAUGAAAAAGGUGACAUGUAUUUGUAUUAUCUAAGUUCAAUGUUUUAUCAUAAACGUCUUAUAUUGUAUGAAAAAAGGUGCUUGAAGCCAAACAGCUAAAAUUAAAAA